AUGAUUCCCUCUGUUUCUUUUACAGCCUUUCUCUCUCCUUCUCACUCCUACCCCCAUUUUCCCCUAGGUUUAAGAUUUUUUCUCAUUUACUCUCUCUCUCUCUCUCUUUCUAUUCACUUUUCUUUUAGUCUUCCUCCCUUUCUUUCACUCUCACUUUUUGUAGUAUGUAUUUGUUUCUUGUCUCUAUCUUAUCCUCCCCCACUUUGCCUUUUCUCUAUUUCUUUCCCUUGUAACUUUCUUUCUUUCUAUUGUCUCUCCUCUUUUUUUCCCUUUCUCCUCCCUUUCUCCUCUUUUUCUCCUCCCUUUCUCCUCUUUUUCUCCUCCUCCCUUUCUCCUCUUUUUCUCCUCCUCCCUUUCUCCUCUUUUUCUCCUCCUCCCUUUCUCCUCUUUUUCUCCUCCUCCCUUUCUCCUCUUUUUCUCCUCCUCUUUUUCUCCUCCUCUUUUUCUCUUUUUCUCCUCUCUUUUCUCUCUCUUUUUCUCCUCUUUUCUCCUCUUUUCUCCUUUUCUCCUCCUCUUCUCCUCUUUUCUCCUCCUCUUUUCUCCUCCUCCUUUCUCCUCUUUUCUCCUCCUUUUUUUCUCUCUUUUCUCCUUUUUCUCUCCUCUUUUUCUCCUCCUCCUUUUCUCCUCUUUUUCUCCUCCUCUUUUUUCUCCUCCUUUUUCCUCCUCCUUUCUCCUCUUUUUUUUCCUCCUCCCUCUCUUUUUCUCCUCCUCUUUUUUUCCUCUCUUUUCUCCUCCUCCCUUUCUCCUCUUUUUUCUCCUCUCCUUUCUCUCUUUUUCUCCUCCUCCCUUUCUCCUCUUUUUCUCCUUCUCCCUUUCUUCUCUUUUUUCUCCUCUUUUCUCCUCCUCCCUUUCUCCUCUUUUUCUCCUCCUCCCUUUCUCCUCUUUUUCUCCUCCUCCCUUUCUCCUCUUUUUCUCCUUCUCCCUUUCUCCUCUUUUUCUCCUCUUUUUCUCCUCCUCUUUUUCUCCUCCUCUUUUUCUCCUUCUCCCUUUCUCCUCCUCCCUUUCUCCUCUUUUUCUCCUCCUCCCUUUCUCUCUCUUUCUCCUCACUCUCUCUCCUCUUUUCAAUCUCUCUCUCCCAUUUCUCUGCCUGGUUCUCCUCCCCUCUCUCUCAUUUCUUUCUCUCUCUUGUAUUUUGAAUAUUAUUUUGAAAAUAUAAAAACAUUAACCAAAUGUAAAUGUCCCCCUCAAUUGCGUCGGCACAAGCGCACAAAACUGAGCGACCUGGAGCCAAUGGACACAAUCUUUGUCAAACAUGUGAAAGACGACAGUCCUGCCCAUAAGGCCGGCCUAAAUCCAGGUGACAGAAUUGUGUCCGUCAACGGAGAGUCAGUAACAGGCAAAACCUAUUCUCAAGUUAUUGCUCUUAUUCAGUCCAGUGAUUCAUCGCUCAAGUUACUUGUUGUCCCCAAAGAUGAAGACAUUCUUCAAAUGGCCUAUCAGAACACAGCCUACAAUCAGGCUGGACCCGAGAUUUUCCCAGACCCUGUUUCAGGACUGAGUAUUAAGCAUAUAAACCAUCAUAAUCUUCCAAAAGAGCCACCAGUUUAUAUACCCGAGCGUGCCAAGGAUCGUAAAGUGUCUUUUACCGUCGAAGAAACUCAUUCCUUUGAACCCAUUUUCACAACUACCACCACCAUCCAGGAGAUCACUCCUUGUCCACUGGUCACUUCAGCUUCGUACACAUCAGGAAUUUGCCUUCAGAGAGAACCAUUAAAAAACGACAACAUGAACAAGUCUUCAUUUUUAGAUCGUAAACGUGAGUUUGAGCAACGGGCCUCGCAGGUGCCGGAUGGUAAAAUUGAUUCUUAUUCAUUCGGCCUUUAUUACCCACCGAAAAAAGACCAGCAAAAAUCGAAUAGCAUCGAUAAUAUUUACAUAACGAGUAGCAGUCGACGGCGAACCUCACGAGAAAAUGUAUUACAGUCUCGUGAGUCAUUAGAAAAUGUGAGCCGGUCAGAGUCGCAAUUCCAAACUUCGUACAAUGGCAAAGAACGUCAUGGAUUCUCAACCGCGCUGCGGACCAUCUCAUCAGAGAAUAAACAGUUCCCAAGAUCAAGAACGACAUCAUCAUUAUCGUCUAUUGCCAAUAAUACCACUCCAGCUUCCUCGCGUAUUGAACUGACCCCAAGUGACCAUAGUAGUAACACUAGUACUGGGUCCAACAACAGUGGUGUUUCUACUCAUGAGAGUUCCACUUUAGGAAAAAUGCAUUAUAUACCUCUACUAGCCACGCAGACCCCAUUGGCACCAAGGUCAUUGCAAAUUGCUUCAUAUAACAGGAGCAAUCAAUAUUCAUGCCAAACUUCAGAGAGCCAUAAUAAAUGGCCACCAAGUGGCAAAAAGGAAAAACCAGAACUGACUAGUCCGACUCAAGGCCAGUUUGUCUUCAAGGCAACCUAUGGGACCCCUACUGGGAAUCAAAAUUCUUCCACAUCAACCACCGUGCUUCCAAAUACUUACUACAGCCGUCCUCUUGUGGUUCAACGAAAGCAGCAGUUUGAAACAAACAGCAGCAACAACAGCAGCAACAGCAGCAGUGGUGCUGCCACACCAAACAGUGGGUGCAGUGGUACAAUGACAUCAACGGUGUGCAUUGUCACGCCAAAGAUGCUGCCACAAACAAAUAGAUACAAAACAGAGAUUGAAAAAAUCACCUCUCGUGCCAAAUUUGAAAGCGUAGCAUCCCGGGCAGCCCAAUUUGAAACUAGAUCUUCCUUGGAGAGCAUCAGGAUUACUCCCCCUGUUUUUACGCCCCCAGCAAAAAUACAUCGUAUCUCAACUGAACGGACUCCAGAACAGGGCAACAAAUACCAGCAAGUUAGCGAACGGACAUCCACUUACAAGGCAUCUCUUACCAAAAGCCUCAGUACACCAACGUCUCCAAGUCAGGAAAUGUUGCCAGUUCAGUCAGACAAAUUACUGGAUAGUUAUUGUCGGUACGACUCGACUCCAACUGUCAGUAAUUCACAGGAGUAUUAUGCAGAUGAUAUCUCUGCUCCUCAAUCUGAUAAGGAUUUUAAAUCUAUACCAAAGGCCAACUAUAUUACCGCUAUUAAUGCUGAUAUAAAUAAUGGUAAAUUCACUUUGUCAUUUGCUGUCUUUUUUCUCUCCCUCUCUCUCUCCCUCCCUCAUGUUCUCCUCUACCUUGCCUUCUCCUCACUCGUUCUCUACCUUGCCUUCUCCUCACUCGUUCUCUACUUCGCCUUCUCCUCACUCGUUCUCUACCUCGCCUUCUCCUCACUCGUUCUCUACCUCGCCUUCUCCUCACUCGUUCUAUACCUCGCCUUCUCCUCACUCGUUCUCUACCUCGCCUUCUCCUCACUCGUUCUCUCCCUCGCCCUCUCCGCACUCAUUCUCUCCUCUUCUCGUACUCUCCUCUUCUCUUUCUCUCUCUCUAUCUGUUCCUCUGUCACUACAUCUCGUUCUCUCUCUCUUUCACAGGUUUCCGUUCUCUCUCUCUUUCACAGGUUUCCGUUCUCUCUCUCUUUCACAGGUUUCCGUUCUCUCUCUCUUUCACAGGUUUCCGUUCUCUCUCUCUUUCACAGGUUUCCGUUCUCUCUCUCUUUCACAGGUUUCCGUUCUCUCUCUCUUUCACAGGUUUCCGUUCUCUCUCUCUCUCUUUCACAGGUUCUCGUUCUCUCUCUCUCACUGGUUCUCUCUCUCUCUCUCUCUCUCUCUCUCCCUCUCUUUCUCUCUCCCUCUCUUUCUCUCUCCCUCUCUUUCUCUCUCUCUCUCUUUCUCUCUCUCUCUUUCUCUCUCUCCUUCCCUUCUCUUUCUUUCUCUCUCUCUCCUUCUCUCUUUCUUUCUCUCUCUCCUUCUCUCUUUCUUUCUCUCUCUCCUUCUCUCUUUCUUUCUCUCUCUCCUCCUCUCUUUCUUUCUCUCUCUCCUUCUCUCUCUCUCUCUCUCUCCUUCUCUCUUUCUUUCUCUCCUUCUCUCUUCUUCUCCUUCUCUUCUUCUCUUUCUUUCUCCUUCUCUCUUUCUUUCUCUCCUUCUCUCUUUCUUUCUCUCCUUCUCUCUUUCUUUCUCUCCUUCUCUCUUUCUUUCUCUCCUUCUCUCUUUCUUUCUCUCUCUCUCUCUCUCUCUCUCUUUCUCUCUCUCCUUCUCUCUUUCUCUCUCUCCUCCUCUCUUUCUUUCUCUCUCUCCUUCUCUCUCUCUCUCUCUUCUCUCUCUCUUUCUCCUUCUCUCUCUCCUUCUCUCUGUCUCUCUUAUGUUUACAUAAACAGUUGGAAUAUUUCUUCCAGAGUAUAG